GAUAUGUCUUCUGAUACUGCAAAAGAAAAUGCAUCCGUAGUUGACUCCUCAGUAACUGAAUGGAAACAUGACAUGGGUAAUUUUGAUGAUCCAGAGAGCCCAAUCUACGAAGGUGAUGAGGAUAGUUAUCCUAAUAGGGCUGAAAAAGCAGGUUGUGAUCAAGUGGGAAAUUCAUCGUUAAACAAAAGGGGUAGAUUGUAUAAUACAAGAUAUUUCAUCAUUAAGAGCUUGAACCAUCAUAAUAUUCAACUAUCAGUUGAGAAAGGAAUAUGGGCUACUCAAGUCAUGAAUGAACCAAUUUUGGAAGAGGCCUUUCAUAAUUCUGGUAAAGUCAUUCUAAUAUUUAGUGUCAACAUGAGUGGUUUCUUCCAAGGUUAUGCCCAAAUGAUGUCUUCUGUUGGAUGGAGGCGUGACAACAUCUGGAGCCAAGGAUGUGGUAAAGGUAAUCCUUGGGGCCGCAGCUUUAAGGUUAAAUGGCUGCAGUUAAAUGACUUGCCUUUCCAAAAGACACUUCAUCUCAAGAAUCCACUGAAUGACUACAAACCUGUUAAAAUUAGUAGAGACUGCCAGGAAUUACCGGAAGAUGUAGGAGAAGCUCUUUGUGAGCUAAUUGAUGGGGAGAGUGAUAGUGAUGGCAUGCUGAAAAGGGAUGACCUUUCUCUCAAAAGGCCUUUUAUAGUGCCUUCAUGUUCACUAGGAGAUGAAGGAUAUAAUAUCCAUUCACUACACAUGCCAUGGGUUAGGACUUCCAUGCCUUAUACUUCAUGUCUCUACCAACAUGGUGCUGAAGCAAGUAGAUUUCAUUUGGCUCAUCAGGGACCUAGUGGUGUUAAUUUGCCUCUUGCAUCUAGUGCGUCAAAAAUGUCAAGGAUGAAACAAUCUCAACUGAAUGGAAGUCUUGCAAAUUUGCAAGUACAGUGUGAUGUGCGUUCUCGAAAUGAUGCUUGGGCUUUGUCAGCAGAAAGUCCUCUGGCUAGUACUCUGACUGAGGAUGAUUUUCUUGAAAUGACAUAUGAAGAGUACCUGGAAGUGCAUAGCAGAAGUGUCAAACAAUUGAAUCUCCCUGUAGUUGGAUCAUCUCGGGCAACACUGGAGCCAUCAAGAAGACAUGAUGAUGAUUCAAACUCAAGCUUUGUAACUGAAAAGUGUCCCUCACGGAAGAGGACACAUCAUUCAUCCGAUAAAUGAUCAAAUACCUCACACAAGCAGCUAGUGUUGGCCCUUUUGCUGAUGAUAAUACGAUUUUCUGGUGGAGUUUUUCAAAUUUGCCAUUCAAGGCAACCGCUCGACUGUUCUAAUCCCAGAAACUGGGAUCCAUUAUAUUGUUGUGUUGUACACUUUCAUGUACCGGCAAUUGAUGAUUCGAUUGCAUAGUAGGUUUUACUAGGGUAUGUUACCAAUCUGUACAGAAAUUAAAUUUGCAACAUGCCCCCUUUUGUCAUUUUUCUUUAUCCA